AUGUCUAACGCAAGACAUUGGGAACAAGAUAAAGAGGCAACCGUGUACAUCGGAAACCUUGAUGAACGGGUUUCGGACAGCCUUGUAUGGGAGCUGAUGCUACAGGUUGGGCGCAUCGUCAACGUCCACCUGCCCAAAGACCGGGUCACGCAGCUACACCAGGGGUAUGGAUUUGUUGAGUUCAUCAGCGAGGAAGAUGCCGAAUAUGCAUCGAAGAUCAUGAAUGGAAUCCGUCUCCAUAGCAAGCCUAUUCGCGUUAACAAAGCGUCAGCCGAUAAACAAAAGACCGUGGAAAUCGGCGCAGAGCUGUUUGUGGGUAACCUGGAUCCUAUGGUUGCCGAGCAGGUUCUGUUUGAUACGUUCAGCCGGUUUGGCAAUCUUGUCAAUCCGCCCAAAAUUGCUCGUGAUGACAACAAUCUCUCUAAGGGAUACGGAUUUGUUUCUUUUGCCGAUUUCGAAUCCUCGGACGCGGCCAUCUCCAACAUGAAUGGCCAGUACCUGAUGAACAAACAGGUUUCGGUACAGUAUGCGUACAAGAAAGAUGGGAAAGGCGAGAGACAUGGGGAUGAAGCGGAGCGAAUGCUCGCAGCCCAGGCUCGCAAACACAACGUACAGCCACCGACUCAACAACCUCAGCAACCUUCGCAGUUCCCUGGCGCUGCGCCGGGCGUAUCAGCAACACCUGCCAUGUCGAACGGCGAUAGCUCUCGCCCAUUGAUUACGGCUCAGUCACAAACACCCGAUCUAGGAAUGAACCGGGGUAUCCCGCCAGCUAUGCCCUACCAGAGUGCACCCCCUCCAAUGCCCUAUCAGACCGUUCCCCCUCCAAACCGACAUGUUCCACCUCCCGUCCCUUCAAUCAAUACCCCACCUCCCGGGCUCCCAGCUCGACCUCCGCCUUCCCAAGCUGGCUACGGUGGUCCACAGACGUUUCUACCACCUGGAUUCAAUGGUGCAGGUCAACCGCCCUUCGUCCCACAAGCUGCAGCUCCCCCUGGGUUUGGACCACCUGGGUUUGGACCUCCAGCGGGAGCCCCUUCAUUGCCACCGGGCUUCCAACAGCCCGGAUAUGCAGGCAGUCGAUGA